UAAAAUACGAAUACAAUGGCUUCUAUAUUCUCUACAGUUCUUAUUUCUCUAUGUAUACUCUCUUCACCUUUUCUCUCAAACGCAAACGCACAUACAAAACUCGGCUUCACCACGGAUCUGAUCCACCGCGAUUCUCCUAAAUCUCCUUUCUACAAACCGACGGAAACCUCAUCUCAGCGUUUGAGAAACGCUAUCCGCCGAUCCGUAAACCAUGUUGUCCAUUUCUCUAGCAAAGAUGCAUCAGUUGACUCGCCCCAAACUGAGAUCACCUCAAAUAGGGGUGAAUAUCUCAUGAAUAUAUCCCUCGGGACACCUCCAUUCCCGAUCAUGGCGAUUGCUGACACGGGAAGCGAUCUCCUCUGGACGCAAUGCAAACCAUGCGAUGACUGUUACACUCAGAAUGAUCCUCUCUUUGACCCUAAAGCGUCUUCUACAUACAAAGAUUUUUCUUGCUCCUCAAGCCAAUGUAGCGCCCUUGGAAAUCAAGCCUCUUGUUCCACAGAAGACAAUACUUGCUCUUACUCCAUGUCUUACGGAGAUCACUCUUAUACAAACGGUAAUGUCGCUGCGGACACCUUAACGCUCGGGUCGACUAAUAAUCGCCCAGUGCAGCUCAAAAAUGUUAUCAUCGGAUGUGGUCACAACAACAAUGGAACAUUUAACAAGGAGGGCUCCGGAAUCGUCGGACUUGGUGGUGGUCCGGUUUCGCUCAUUUCGCAACUCGGUGAGUCGAUAGAUGGCAAAUUCUCAUACUGCUUGAUCCCUCUAUCUUCAGAAAACGGUAAAACGAGCAAUAUCAACUUCGGAACCAGUGCCGUCGUGUCAGGAACAGGAGCUGUCUCAACUCCUUUGAUCACGAAAUCACGAGAGACCUUCUAUUACCUAACCCUAGCUUCCAUUAGCGUGGGAAGCAAGAAUAUCAAAUUCCCAGUCUCAGAUCCUGGAAGCGGCGAGGGAGAGGGAAACAUCAUCAUCGAUUCGGGCACAACUCUGACGAUGCUACCCACCACAUUUUACUCCGAGCUCGAGGAUGCGGUUGCGUCCUCAAUCGAUGCUGAGAGGCAAAACGACCCAGAGAGUCCAUUGAGUCUGUGUUACAGCGCAACCGCUAAUCUGAAAGUCCCAGUAAUUACUAUGCAUUUCGAUGGAGCAGAUGUGAAGUUAGACUCCUCCAAUUCCUUUGUGCAGCUCUCAGAGGAGCUGGUUUGCUUCGCCUUCCGUGGGAGCGAGGACUUAGCCAUUUACGGGAAUUUAUCACAGAUGAACUUUCUUGUUGGAUAUGACACCGUUUCUAAAACGGUGUCAUUUAAGCCCGCGGAUUGUGCAAAGAUGUAGACGGUUCUGGUGAAUAUCUUCUUUCUAGUUUAUGUUUUCAUUCUAAUAAUGGCUGAGUUCAUUUAGCCUAAGUGGUUGUUUCAAAUUUCUAUGUUCGUUAUGAUU